ACCGCGCGCGAACCAGAGAGCGCAGAGGCCCCGCAGCGCGCGCCGCGCCCGCUGUGAUUAGCUCCAACCGCGACACCCGGGAGGGCGGACUCUCUCUUCACCCUCGUCGUCUCCUCCUCCCUCUUCUCCCUCUUCCUUUUUAAGGGACGCCUCGCUGGCAGAGCUGUCAGCAGCCGGGAGGCCGUUUGCACUUGGCCGCGGCCAGGCUGACUCCGGCUCCCGUGACAGGCAAGGGCGGGGGCUGGGCAGCCGCACGUGGGGGACAAAUUCUGCCUCCUCGGGGCUCCUCUCGGGACCCGGCUACAGCCACAAGUCGGGACGCCUUGUGGUCCUGGACUUGGCAGCCCCCGCCCGACGCGAUGGCUCCCGUGAGGAGUGGGGAGGGAGGUGGCCGGGGGAUCCGCGCGCCCCUCGCGUGAUGAGCCUGGCAAAGGGCGGCAGCAGCAGCAGCCUCUGCCAGCACCUCCCGUGGUCCCUCGCCAACUCGCUCCCGCGCACCAUGCAGACCCCCGGCCUGCCGAGCCCUCAGCGCAGCCCCUGUCGCCUCUCCGGCCACCGCUAGCCUCCGCGGGAGCGGUCCGCCGCCCGUGCCGUGCCCCAAGGGAGGCGGAACUGCGGUGCCGGGAGUCCCAGCUCAGCCCUUCGCUCUCCAGCUGCGUGCGUCCCCUUCCCCGCCGCCCAGGCUUCCAGCGGCGAUGGGGGCGCUGCUGGCGCUCUGCCUCCUGGGCUGGCUGCGCUGGGGCCCGGCGGGUGCCCAGCAGUCCGGCGAGUACUGCCACGGCUGGGUGGACGUGCAGGGCAACUAUCACGAGGGCUUCCAAUGCCCGGAGGACUUCGACACAUUGGACGCCACCAUCUGCUGCGGCUCCUGCGCGCUCCGCUACUGCUGCGCCGCGGCCGACGCCAGGCUGGAGCAAGGCGGUUGCACGAACGACCGCGGCGAGCUGGAGCACCCGGGCAUCACCGCGCAGCCGGUCUACGUCCCCUUCCUCAUCGUCGGCUCCAUCUUCAUUGCAUUCAUCAUCCUGGGCUCUUUAGUGGCUAUCUAUUGUUGCACCUGUUUGAGACCCAAGGAGCCCUCGCAGCAGCCAAUCCGCUUCUCACUCCGCAGCUAUCAGACAGAGACCCUGCCCAUGAUCUUGACCUCCACGAGCCUCAGGACACCUUCCAGACAGUCCAGCACAGCCACCAGCUCCAGCUCCACAGGUGGCUCCAUCCGCAGAUUCUCCUUCGCCAGGGCGGAGCCCAGCUGCCUGGUGCCCUCACCUCCCCCGCCUUACACCACAGGCCACCCAAUCCACCUGACACAGCCAUCCGGUUUCCUGGUGUCACCUCAGUAUUUCGCUUACCCCCUUCAGCAGGAGCCCCCGCUGCCUGGGAAGAGCUGUCCAGACUUCAGCUCCAGUUGACAGGUCAUGGCCAUGAAUCCAGCAUGUAGUAAAGUGGCAGACAGGUAGAGUGAUGCUUCCAAUGUCAAGUGCUUUGCUGAAGAAAUUUCUCAUGUAACUGACCAACGUCAUGGCGGAAAGUGGUAAGAAAACACAGCGCUUUCUAGUCUUGAGGUUCCUGGCUACAAUCACAGGAUGUCUGGCUUGGCAGAUGUUGUGACUAUUACAUUUCAACCCAUGCUACUUCUAUUCAAAAUAUGCAACAGUUUGACUUUGAAGUUACAAAUUGACUGAAAAUGUUUUACUCGACAAUUUAGCAGCAUAGUGCUUAGGAAAGGGCUACAUGAUCCUUUUUCACAUCAGUUGUUUAUGGAGUUAUAAUACAAAUAUACAUAAAUGAGUAAAGAAAAAUACCUAAUUGUGAUUAUCAAAGGAUCAGUUAAAAAUUAACUAUGAAGUAAACUUGAGAAGUCAGUGAAUAACCUAUUUAUAUCUUUUGGAGUAACCUAAUAAUAUUAGCAUGUUGGGAACAUUAACUUUUUAAAUUAAUAACUAAAUUUUGUUUCAAAUAUUAAAGUUUUCUUUCAAUAAUUCAAAGUUUCAGUAACCACAGGAGGAGCUUCAAGUUUUAUGCAUUCUUAUAUAUUCAUUCAUUGCAACACAGUUUCUAUGUAAAGUCAUUUCCCCAACCCACCUGAGGGAAUAUUUAUUGCAGACUUUUUGUUCAGCAACAUUUAGUGUUUAAAUGAAAGUUGGACAGUUGGGUCUUAAAACAUUUAUUUGUAAAAUGAGUUAUGUACAAAUGUAAAAAUUGGUAAUUUAAUGUAUUUACUACACUGACAGUACUAAUUAUUUAGUAGUCACACUGUAAUUUCUCUGUUAAUGAUAAUGGUGGAGAUCAAAGUCCAGCUAUUGGUGUAAUCAUCUAAUAUUACCUAUCUCAAGGGCCACUGAAUUUCAUGCCCCAUGAUUAUGUAUGUAUUUGGGCAAAUAUCCUGCUGGGUUAGAAUAAAUAAAAUAUGUUUUUAUGAACUCUAUUUGAAUUUCAAAUCAAAGCACUUCAUUUUAUCUCCUUAGUGAUAUUGUUUGUUAUUCAAUAAAAAGAAAUGUCUUUACCUCA